UUUUCAACUGUUACCUCUGUUAUGAGGUUAACAAAUACCCGGGUUACAGAAUCUGGGUGUUGGUGUUUAUUUAUUAAAGUUGAAUUAAAGAAACUAGUGCCAAAAUGAUUACAUGUAAUUUAAUUCUGGGGUGGAUCGACAUUAUUGUGGGAUAUUCUGGGUUUGUAACUUUCAUUGUUCUGCAAAACUAUCCAUCCGCUAUUUUUGGAUUGAUAACAGGACUUACCAGUAGUAUCUGCGUGUGGUUACACGUUCUAGUCAGACGUGAUCAAUUAGAAGAUAUAUAUGGACCAACAGAACUGAAACACAUUUCCUUACUCUCCUAUUUACUUAUGUCAGUUGGAAUCUUAUCUCUAAGUUAUUUUGUUACCACGCAAAUACUUCUUAAAACACCAAUAUUGCCGGUAGCCUCUAGCAGAGUGAUUUCUAUUGUAUGGGCCUUUCUGGCAUCUCAAAGAAGCAUCUGUUUACUUUAUUAUUCGUUAAAGUAUAAACGUCAACUUGAAUCACCAGACAAUAGAAGUGCAUUAACAAGAAGUUUAUCGGAAAAUGAAGAUGAAGAUGAACAAAACGAUUUUUGCAGUUCUAAAACCAUGUUACCGCUAUUGGUUGCAUUAGCACUGAUUUUCAUUGUCUUUUUGAUUAAUUUUUGGUACAACAAAGUAACCAGGAUUCACAAGAAAUUGGAUUGGAUAGUAAAGGUGCCCGGAUAUCCGAUCUGUGGAAAUGUAUUCGAUUUUACAGACAGCACAAGUUUUUUGACAACUCUAUCGAAUUAUGCUAAGAAAUAUGGUAAAUCAUUCUAUAUGCAGAUUGGUAUUCAAAAUAUUAUCAUCGUAACUGACUACAAACUGUUGGAAUUUAUUCUUAGUUCGAAUAAAAUAAUCGACAAAUCAGAGAACUACAGAUUUGCGCACUCAUGGCUUGGCACCGGUUUGUUAACAUCAUCUGGCAAGAAAUGGAAAACUCAUAGAAAAAUUAUAACACCUACCUUCCACUUUCAAAUUUUGGAACAAUUUGUGGAGGUCUUCGAAACGAAUGGAAAGAUUUUAGUUGAAAAAUUAAAGAAGGAAGUCGACAAGGAUUGCGUCGAUAUUUAUCCGUACAUCACCCUUUGCAGUUUGGAUAUUAUAUGCGAGACCGCGAUGGGCACCUCGAUAAACGCCCAAGACGGAAAAAGUCUAGACUACAUUCAAGCAGUAAAAGACAUGUGUCGUUUAGUAGUAGUUCGUGCAUUUUCCGCCACCCUUAUGUUUGAUUUGAUAUAUCACAUGUCGUCCGAGUAUAAGAAAGAAGUAAAUGCUUUGAAAAUUUUACAUAAUCGCAGCAACUCGGUCAUAGCUAAAAGGAGGGUAGACUUGGAAAACGCGGACACAAAGGGUCAGGAUGAAGAUGACAUUGGUGCACGCAAGAAAAUUCCGUUUUUGGACAGUCUUCUCACUUCGAACGAAAAGGGCAGGAAGCUAACCGACGAGGAGAUCCGGGAGGAAGUUGACACCAUUAUGUUUGAGGGACAUGACACCACCACUUCCGCAAUAAGUUUCGCACUUUACUGCAUUGCCUCAAACCCUCAAAUACAAGAUAAAAUAGUUCAAGAGCAAAAAGAAGUUUAUGGUGAUGAUCUAACAAAAACUGUCACUUUUCGUGAUUUGCAAUCGAUGAAAUAUUUAGAAGCCGUAAUUAAAGAGGCAUUGCGUAUGUAUCCGUCGGUGCCUUUCUAUGGUAGGGCUGUCAUGCAGGAUACUGAAUAUGAAGGAAAGAUAAUACCGAAAGGUGUUAGUUUGCUUAUUUACGCAUAUGGAGUAAAUAAUGAUCCAGAUCAUUUCCCUAAUCCGGACGUUUUCGAUCCGAGUAGGUUUGAAAGUAACGAUGGAAGAAAUCCUUUUUCUUAUCUGCCCUUCAGUGCUGGACCAAGAAACUGCGUUGGACAAAAAUAUGCGAUGUUGGAAAUGAAGUCCACUAUUUCAAGAAUUAUAAGGUUUUAUGAACUCUUACCUGUUCCUGACUAUAAACCCAUUUUGGCAGCAGAAACCGUUUUGAAGUCGUUAAACGGUAUAAACGUCAGGUUGAGAUCCAGAAAAUGGAAUUAAUAUUUUAGUUAUGUAGUUAAUGUGUGUAAUAUUCUGUAUUGUAUUUUAAAAUAUACGUUUUGAUUGAA